UGGGAACUGCGUGGCGGCUACCACGAAGCCUCCUGCGCCUAGUUGGUGGGGUGUGUGCAGAAAGACCAGGGAUAAAUAGGAGGCGUCCCCCUCCCAGCUACACUCACCGAACAGGCAGGCCACCCGCCCUGGAUGUUUGCCUGCCCUGUAGCCAGAGUGCCAGCCCGAGGAGUAGUUUCGCUUCCUUCUGGCUCGGGGAUUAGUUUCCAGGCACCUCGUCAGGGGUCGGUGGCCCGGGAAAGGGGUGCAAGGGGUGGCGGGAUUCUUGUCUAGGGGCUGCAGAGCCCCGCACAGCGAGGUUGAUGGACACGGCCGCCCCGGGCAGCGGCUCCAACUCCCUGUCGCUGCUCCUGGCCCUCGCCCUGGGUCUAGUGAUCCUCCACUGUGUGGUGGCGGAUGGAAAUUCUACCAGAAGUCCUGAAAGUGAUGGCCUGCUCUGUGGAGACUCUGGAGAAAACUGUGCAGCUACUACCACACAAUCAAAGCGAAGAGGCCACUUCUCUAGGUGCCCCAAACAAUACAAACAUUACUGCAUCAAAGGGAAAUGUCGCUUCGUGGUGGCUGAGCAGACGCCCUCCUGCGUCUGUGAUGAAGGCUAUGCUGGGGCAAGAUGUGAGAGAGUUGACUUGUUUUAUCUAAGAGAAGAUAGAGGGCAGGUUUUGGUGAUUUGUUUGAUAGCAGUUAUGGUAAUUUUUAUCAUCUUGGUGGUCGGUGCCUGCAUAUGCUGUCAUCCUCUUAGGAAACGUCGUAAAAGGAGGAAGAAAGAAGAAGAAAUGGAAACUCUGGGUAAAGAUAUAACUCCUAUAAAUGAAGAUAUUCAAGAGACUAGUAUUGUUUAAUGGCUAUGAAGGUACCUCCAGGCUGGCUUGCUCAUUUGAAAAUGGAUGGACUGUGUCUCAGGAAAACUGCUAGCUGAAAUGAAUUUCAAAUAAUGUAUUUACUUUUUGCUUGUAAAGUUUGUGUUGUUUACUAUUGUUUUUAUAAUAAUAAUACAUAAUUUUAUUAUUUUUGAGUAAUUGGGAAAAAUCACCCAAUUAAGAAGGGGAAUUAUAGUAAAUUCCCAAAUUAAGUUUUGUGACCAGGAUUACUAGUCAAACAAAAAAAAGAAAAAGAGGAAGGAGUUUAGAGUUUGGGAACUGAAUUAAUAAUAAACAUUUAUUGAACACAUAACAUGUGCUAAGAGUUUGAAAUAUAUUAUUUCAUUUAAUCCUUGCAAGAGCCUGUGAAAUACAUAUUAUGAUUUUCAUUUUCCAUGUAUGAAAACAGGCCCAAAGAAUUUAAAUAAUCUACCCCAGAUUUAUAAUUAGGAAAGGUAGAGUUGGAACCAAGAUUUACCCAAGUUCAGAGUCUAUCCUUUUGGCCAUCAUCUCUGUUAAUUUUAUAACCCAGAAUUUCAUACUGAGCUACAUUUUACCAUGAAUGAGAUUUUCUGGUCAUUUUCUGCAGAAACUCAGGAUGCAGUCUUGGCCUGUCUUCCUUUGCCUUCAUGCUUUCCAUAGCAUUGGCUUUUAUCAUGUUUUGUUUUGUUUUGUUUUGUUUUUUGCUCCUGUAUAAAUUCUCAGUGACAUGAAUAAAUUCUUACAUUUUCAAAGCAAACAAAUUUAUCCCAUAGCUAGGGUAAUGGAUAAAAAUGGAAAGUAAAUGCCUGUCAAUCUUCAAGUCCAGGUAAGUGUUAAUGCUCAUGAACACAUAAAUUAUAGCACCAGAAGAAGCUGUUUAUUCCAAGGUAAUGACUAGUGAGAGGAUACUAGAGUGCAGGCAGAGCCAGAUUGUGGUCAUAUUUCUUCAAUUUGUUCUAAGAAAACUAUCUGUAAUAGCUCUCAGGUAAAUUUAGUGUAAUGAAAUCAUGACUAUAGUCAUUUAUUGCUUGCAGCCAUCUUGCCAAAUGCUCUUUCAUCUCCAUAUAUAUUUAAUAAACACUUUAAAAUCUGAAAAAGCAAAAUCUACAUAUGGCCAAUAUUCCACAGACUAUAGUCUUUUUUCGUUGACUGGGUAGAUCAUUUACAAACACCAAUGGAAGGUGUCUCUGUGUUGUUGUAUGUUGGUUUUAUUGCUGAUCAAUCAAGCAGUUUCUUUUCUGGGAUCUGUAAAUUUUAUGUACAGUGUAGACACCAUACACAAUGUGUAGCAGGGAAUUCAAAAGAAAGGUAGAUUGUACCUUCUAUCACACAGGAUGUUGAGAAUGAGACAGUGUCUAUGCUUACAUAUAACACAGAAAGAGCUCCCAUGUCAAGAGCUAACUCAAACAACUGAUCAUUUUCUAAAUCGAUAUCGUCUCCUGUUAAUGACCAUCCUUGAAACAGGAUCAUUCCAACAGAUUUAUGUUGUAGAUGCUCUAUUUUUAAGUUUCUGGGUUCACAUAUGCCCUUUCUUUUUCUCAGUCUUCCUUGCUUCUAUGAUGGCUUUACAAAUGCUUGUUAGAGCAUUUAAAAACAAAUAAAUCCUCAAUACUGUAAAUAUUCCUGAACCAAAUUUGGCCAACCAAUGGACUCUCUCAAGUCAAUUCAUGCUUGAAGAUUUUGUUCUAAUACUAAAA